ACAGUUUGAAACACAACCGAAGAGCUAAAUAACUUAAACUAAGAAGCAGUAGAAUCCUAGUUGUUGUUUAUCAGAACUUUGCGGAUGUAUUUUGUACUUUUCACUGUUUUCGGUUGUUUGUCGGCAUGUUACUGUUUCAUCACGACAGCCGUGGAGGAGAACCACUGUGACCUCCUGAAGCAGCUUCAAUCCUCCCGGCUUUCAGUGCAGGUCACCAAGGAGGGUUUUCACCGGGAGCUGCUGACCACGGUGCAGCUCAGCCCAGAUGUUCCCAGCGGGCUCAGAGUCCUGCUGCUUCACAGGUGGCCCAGAGGAGUCUACGUGGAUCCGUUCCAGCUGGCGUCCCUCAGUGAGCAAAGCGAUUGGCAGAUGUCCCUGGACUCAGCCGUUGACCUGGAGGCGGCUGCACACCAGACGGAGGGGUUUAUCACCCAUGUGUAUCCCAGCGUGGACGGACCCACUGCCGCCAUAAAAGUAAGGAUUCCCUUUCACCUCCGCUACCACGAGCCACGCUACGACGGAGAGACGUUCACAUCGGUGGAAAUAGAACCUCCACAGCUGCUGCUGCGCACUGAAAGAUGUUUGCAGCUCAGCGGCUCGGGGCCCCGCGCUGCUGUGGACGCCCCCUGCACCCCCAACAACGCCACCAUGUGUCUGUGGCUCCCACUGCAGAAGCAGGAGCGAGGCCCCGUCCGUGUCGGGCUUCCCGUGGCUGACGGCUCUCUGGUGACGCCGGUGUGCGCUGGAACUCUUCUGGUCACGACGCUCUGCUGCGUUUCUCUGUCCACGCGCAUGUGGAAACAUCGCAUCGUUUAAACCGACAUCGCACUGCUUCAGCACUAAGGGUUCUAUAACAAACAUCAAAGGCCAAACAGAAAGAUUACACUAAUUUAUUUAUUUUCAGGAACAAUGUUCAUAUCUCACAAUCCCACCUUGAAGACUGAAUAAAGGAUCAUCUUAUCUUAAGAACUGCUUCUUAAUGUAUAGGUGGAUAAUAAUUAGAAAAACAUAAUACAAUUUGUUAUGUAGUCAAUGCUGAUGUCGGAUUGAAAUUCGGUUUAUAACUAACUACAUAUUAGGAAUGUGUAUAACAUUGCAUUAAAAUAAAUAUAUGUACAAUAUGUUUAAUUUGAGACCUAAGGAAGGAAAUUACAAUGAUAAUAUGAAAUAGUUAUUAACAGGUAGAUGAUCGGAGUCAGCAGCUAAACUUCACACGGCCUUUAUUUUGAAAGGUUUGUUGGGUCGGGCUGGGUCGUUACUUCCGCUUCCUUUCCGCCAUAACGGAAUUAUCCAAGGGCCGAAAAAGAAAGAAAAGUUGCUUUGUAAAUAAUUGUAGCCAUAUUUUUACUAACUUUUUUUGUACGCGUCUCACGUCGCCAAAGCUCCGCGUCACAGAGGAACUACUUUUUUAACGGAUUUAACAAACGUUUUCCGAGCCGUCGCGGAUCUUUUCGGGAAUAAAAGUUCUCGUGAAGUUGAGCUGGUGCGGACUCUCCGGUGAGCUCUGCUCCUCGUUAGCCGGCUAAUAAAGCACUUCUGGUCCGGACAGUUUGGACCGAACUUCCGCUGGGUUCGUCCGAACCACCUGUGGGAAAAGUCAAAGUUGUCGUGGGGAAAAACCCAGAACUUUAGUUGUCAGGCCAGUUAGCAUUAGCUAAAGCGAAAAAGAGUAGUGUAGCAUUUCAUGCUAACGUUAGCUUCCAGCUAGUUAGCUCACUUGUUGAGUUAAUUUUAAAGUUAGCUACCUAGUUGUUAACUUAUUGAUAUGGCUUUUUUUUGACAAAUCCCAUUAAAUAAGGAGAUAACGAGCUAAACGUCAAUUAAUCUUAGCAAGAAGCAACGACGUGAAAGGUUCUAAUUUAUAUUUAUGUGUGAAAAGGGAGAAGAGUUAUUUUAUCCUUUUUGGGCUCAGCCACAAAUAAAGAAACUCAAGUUCUCCCUCCAUUCCUCAUACUGAUUCUCGUUGUUUUAGUUUUAAUAUGCUCUCACUUACAUUCUCUCCUUUCAGUUACCUUUAACGCUAAAUCAGUUCUUUAUGUUCAAACUAUCAUUUCUACUAUUCUUCAAUUCCCAGAUAUCUAUUUCCACUUUGACAAGUUGUAUGUUCAAAUUCAAAUUUGGGACUCGAGUCCAACAAUGUGUUCCUCUUGUUUAAAAACGGAUUCUAUAUAAAAUGCUUUGUGUAUCCAUGUGUGACUGGAAUCAAGCUGCAUUAAAUAUACUUGAAGUAAAGGACUGUUAUGCACAAUAUUUCAUGUGUGUGAUGUCUUUGGAUUAAUUUAUAUACAUCAACGUAUAAUAAGGAAAUAUGAAAAUAAAGUAGCAGCUGGUGAAGGUAAUUGUAACUACUAAAUAUUGCAUCGUAACUUAAAUUCUUAAAACGUUUUAUUUGUUGAAUUCUA